AUGCAUGAAAAUCUCUAUCCUCCUCGCCGACAGGACUAUGGCAACGACUACGAUCGAUAUCUGAAGGAUUAUGAUAUAUAUCAGAAGUUUCACGCAAAGAGCCUCGAACGUCGGAAAAAGAAGCACAAGCCCCGCUCCUAUGCUGGGGUAUAUGCCGCGGCCGCGACGGCGGGUGGAGGCGGUGGAGGAUGCUAG